UCCAUACAAGUUUUUUUUAACUCUCCAUAAACAUACCCGUAAAUUGUAAACAUUUUCUCUCUCAGGAAAAUUAUACUGUCAACAGCACAAUUUAUUUUGUAUUUAAUCUAGAAGCCACUUAGAAAGUUAAUUCAAAUACAAACCAACCAUCCAACAAUUAGAUCUUAACAUAUUUUCAAAGGGACACAUUUCUUCGCGUAUUUUCUUCAAAAGUUUACAAUUAAAUUUAGUAAUGUCACACCGUUGUUCAUGUCAGUGUAAAAUUUGCGAUUCACAACUUCCUCACGAACCUGGAAUUGCGUUACAUAUUUUAGAACAACACGAUAUCAACAUUCUUCUCAAUGAGGGGGUGGAAUUGGAGACAUUACGAAUUAUUUUACCCGAAAAGUCCAAACUUUGGGCCAGACUGGAUUCCUUGGAUCAUGUAGAUCCAAUAAAAAUCGAGGAGGAAAUUAUUAUAGAAGCUGAGGAGGGUGAAUUGGACCACGGUGAUUGUAAUGAAGAUGAUCAAGAUAGCGACACAGCAAUUAACUCGCCCUCCCCUAAUCCAGACGACCAUCUCGAAUCUCGUCACCCAUGUUACGUCUGCGGAGAAAAAUUCCCGACAAAGCAAGAUUUAGAAACCCAUCGCGAAAAUGACCAUGGACCACGCCCCUUCGCCUGUGACACCUGUCCUGAAUUACACUUCUCCUGGGUCAUGUGCGAAAUGCACAAAUUGCGCCACACUCCGGAGUGGCCCGAACUUGAGAAGGAUGCCGAUAAGUUGUCCGACUUAAAACAGAAGUUCAUUAAGGCGAGGAAAAGGUGGCGCUGUAGUUUGUACCAACCCCCACAAAUGCAUCAAUGUCCACAAUGCGAGAGAUCUUUCAAGUGGGCGUCACAUCUUCGACAUCAUCUCAAAAGUCAUACGAAAGAACGAUCCUACAUCUGUCCCACCUGCUCUUCCGCUUAUCGGACCCAGACCACUUUGCGGGAACACAUCGCCCGCAAGAAUUGCUCCAACAUAAUCCUCACCUCAUUCUCGCGCGCCUUCCAAUGGGACCUUUGCCCCACGCGAGUCAAAAGCAAAAAGGGGCUGAGCGCACAUCGCAGAUUCCUGCAUGGAAUCAAACCCACUCCAAGGACCAAGGUGUCCUACCCGUGCCCCAUUUUUUAAUUUUGAUAUUAAAAUUUAUACUCAAUAAAUCUCCAACUCAAAAAAUUGUUGGUUCGUUCCUACUGAUUAAUCCCAACUGACUAAAUCACUCGGUCACCUUUUUGCUUUUAUUUGGAUGCGAAACACUUCAAACUUCAAUUUGGAUACAACUCUUCGAUGAUGAAAGUUCAAUCGGUCUGCGAAAUGAUAAGAGUAUAUAAAAUUAUGAAAUGGGGUUGACGAAACUGCAGCCAUAGCCAAGCGAAUGUAACACUGACAUAUAUUUGUAGAGAGGUUACUCGUAAAUUUCUGUCUGCUAUCUAAUCAUCCAAUUUUUCUUUGAAAUAUACCUUAUCGUCCAUCGUCCUUUACUGAGAAAUAAAUCAAAUUGAUUCAACAGUUUUGAUUAAACUGAUAUCAGAUUGGAAAAAUAUCGACGAACUUUGUGCCAGGAAUGCCUAAGUGACCUUAUGCAACAUUAAGCGUACGUUAUGUGUAUCUACAUAUUUAUAACUAGGCUAUAGCCCGUAUAAAACACGGGAUGCAUUAAUUUUUUUUAUAGCUAACUGAUCUACGAUCAGAUCAGUAUAUUUAAUAUCCCCACCUUGUAUAAAUUUACAAUUUCUACUUUCACCACCUUUGCCAAGCGUUUAUUGUUGUAUGAUCAUAGAGAUUAUGAGAAUGUUGAGAACUAUAAGAAUGUUGAAUGUCUUGUCUUAAAGAUAAAGCGCAAUUAAUGUUACAAAAUUGAAUAGCGUUUUACCAAGUGUUUUAUAUGAAUUUUGUAUUUCAUAUUUAAUAAUACAUCAACAAAUGUUUUGUUGUAAUUUUAACCUUGCUUUACUAUGCAUUGCACAUGCAAAUCUUACUUGUCCUAAUUACUAAGUAGUGAGUAGAGGUUUAGGGGACGAUAUAAGCAGUCAUAUUUUGGUCGUAUUACUUGAUAUAUAGAAUAGCUACAACUGUUGCAAGUUUUCAUUACUAAGAACUUUCAUUACUCAAAAAUCAAAUAUAAUUGUUCACGCAUUUGCGAUCGUGGGAAAUCUUCCCGGUCCUGAAGUGGGAUAUGGGUGAUAAGUCGGGACGCCCUCCUCCCAGGGUGGACAAUCCACUGGCUAAUGAUAAGUUCAUAUUUAAUUAAUAAAGUUAAUCAAUAUCGUGCAAUUACAAAAAAGUAUUUAUAAAAUAAUGUCCUAAUUGCCUGUGGGUUAUCAUCACAACUUUGACAUUGGGCCAAUGUGACGCUAUACAGAAUUAAAAUUCCAACGUGGAACCACGAAUAUGUCCCAUAUACCAUUUUUUAGUGUUUAAUAAUAAAAUUUAUAAACACAA